AAUAAAAGCCAUCGUAAUUCCAGUGCAACAUAAAACGCAGCCAUCUCUUUGUUGGCCAGUGGAACCUUCCCGAGUUUAACCUUCUUCACUAAUCACACUCGCUAAAGCCUAACCAUGAGUAAUGGAAAGCACCUUGCGAAAGGCUCUACGCCACCAGAGCUGCCGAACGAUGGUAAACUGCGCCUGUACUCGAUGCGAUUCUGUCCCUAUGCUCAGCGCGUACACUUAAUGUUGGACGCGAAGAAGAUCCCGUACCACGCGAUUUACAUUAAUUUGUCCGAAAAGCCCGAAUGGUACUUUGAGAAGAACCCGCUUGGUAAGGUACCGGCACUGGAGGUUCCCGGCAAGGAUGGCCUAACCCUCUACGAAUCGUUGGUACUGUCGGAUUACAUCGAGGAGGCAUACUCGGCGCAACAGCGCAAACUCUACCCAACGGAUCCAUUCCGCAAGGCACAGGACCGCAUUUUGGUCGAACGGUUCAAUAGUGCCGUCAUUUCGCCGUACUAUCGGAUCCUGUUCGCUAGCGACGGCAUUCCACCGGGUGCGAUCACCGAGUUCGGUGCCGGAUUGGACAUCUUCGAGAAGGAACUGAAGGCACGUGGAACUCCGUACUUUGGUGGCGAUAAACCGGGCAUGAUCGAUUACAUGAUCUGGCCGUGGUGCGAGCGAGUCGAUCUGUUGAAGUUUGCCCUCGGUGAUAAGUACGAACUGGACAAGGAACGGUUCGGUAAGCUGCUGCAAUGGAGGGACCUGAUGGAAAAGGAUGAAGCCGUCAAGGAGUCGUUCAUUUCCACAGAAAAUCAUACGAAAUACCUGCAGAGCCGCAAGAACGGAGAAAAUAACUACGAUAUCCUAUCAAAUGAAGCUAAAAAACCACGUUUGGAAUAACACGCUACGACGCAAUCAGGACAUCAUCAUGGACGUAUAGAAAUAUCUAAACAAUCAUCAAAAACCGAUUUGGACUGAUAAAACAUACAAUUACGAUAUUUUAUCCAAUAUCACAUUUAAUGACAAAAAAUCUUUAUGUUCGAUAAAAUUACUAUUGCUGUUUAAUCCAUUUCGAAGAGUAACGACUGAUACUAUGUGAGCUGAUAAGACAACGAUUUUUUUUUCAAUUUAAAGUAAACGCUGGACAAAGCAUAACUUUGACAGCAUCUGAAGAUGACGCACGCACGCUCGCGGCUUCGCUGUUAGUUUUUUUGUUAGUUCUUUGUUUUGUUCUCUAGCCGGUAUUAAUAGAAAAGCAAAAGGGAAUGCAUCGGUUUCUCAAAUGACCGUGGCUAGGUCUUGCACCAUGUUUGAUGAUGACCUCAAAAAAACUGUGUCCAGUAAUCAAUGCACAGUUGCAUAACUAGGCAAGUUGCACUUGUGGAAAUUAUUUUGUAUUGUAAAUUGAUAAAAAAUUCUUUACCAACUUAACUACUUACUGGAUAAAUGUGGUUUUGUUUUAGCUUAGUUGAAUUGUAAUUCC